AUGAACCACAGAAGAAGCACUCCAAGGGGCCCUCUCAAUGGUGCUGGCUCUUUCAAAGCUUCUGGGACAGAAAACGGGGUGCUACAGAAGGAGUUGCUGGAAGAAAACAAACAAGAAAUAUUCGAGGCUUUUUCAUUGUUCGACAUGAACAACGAUGGGUUUGUGGACUAUCAUGAGCUCAAAGUUGCAGCACGGGCGUUGGGGUUUGACCUGUCAAAACAGGAAUUACUAGAGCUGCUGGAGAAGCACGACCGAGAUGGCAGACGGCUGAUGCACUAUGACGAUUUUUUUGUGGUGAUGGGCGAGAAAAUCUUAAAUAGAGACCCAUUGGACGAGAUCAGACGUGCCUUCCAACUGUUUGACGACGACAAUACGGGGAAAAUAAGCCUGAAGAACCUGAGACGCGUGGCCAAAGAACUAGGAGAAAAUUUGACAGACGAUGAGCUACGGGCGAUGAUCGAUGAGUUCGAUCUUGACGAUGAUGGCGAAAUUAGCGAGCGCGAGUUCAUUGCCAUAUGUACGGACAUGUAA